AUGGCGACUAACGAAAAUGAAAGUAACGCAAACGGCCCCGACCUAGACCAAGAUAACACUAGUUCUGCACCAGAAGAAGGCUCAAAAACGGCUGGUAAUGAAGCUGAAGGUGUGACUGAGAAUAUGAAAUGCGGGUGGUUGAGGAAGAGGACGAAACUCUCACAUAAAUGGGAGAGGCGAUGGUUUCUUCUGAAGAGCAAUCACGGCAACACGCUUCAGUACGGCAAUGAUGCAGAGAGCCUUGAUAAAUCCAUUCCACUUAUCGGAACAGAAAUAGCCGAGGCUGAGAUCGAUCGUAAGAAGUUUGUGUUUCGACUGAAACCUAGCGACACCAGGCGGACAUAUUACCUCCAGGCUGAGUCGAAGGAGGAGCUGCAGGUUUGGAUGCAGGCAAUCUGCUUCGCUAAGGCCGCAAGUCAUCAGGGUGAUACAUCUCAAGCGUGUUCUAUACAAUGAGUCAUCAGAUUGGUACAUCUCAUUCUCAAGCAUGUUUUAUGAGUCAUCACGGUGAUACAUGUACGUCUCAAGCUUGUUGUAUACAGUGAGUCAUCAGUUUUCUACUCAAGCGUGUUCCUUGAGUCAUCAGGUUGAUACAUCUCAAGCAUGUUUUAUGAGUCAUCAGGGUGACAUCUCAAGCAUGUUUUAUGAGUCAUCAGGGUGACAUCUCAAGCAUGUUUUAUGAGUCAUCAGGGUGACAUCUCAAGCAUGUUUUAUGAGUCAUCAGGGUGACAGCUCAAGCAUGUUUUAUGAGUCAUCAGGGUGACAUCUCAAGCAUGUUUUAUGAGUCAUCAGGGUGACAUCUCAAGCAUGUUUUACGAGUCAUCAGGGUGACAUCUCAAGCAUGUUUUAUGAGUCAUCUGGGUGAUGUCAAGCAUAUACAAUGAGUCAUCAGGGUGAUACAUCUCAUUCUCAAGGAUGUUUAAUGAGUCAUCAGGGUGAUGUCUCAAGCAUGUUCUGUACAGUGAGUCAUCAGGGUGAUAUCUCAAGCGUGUUCUAUUCAAUGAGUCAUCAGAGUAACAUGUCAAAAGUGUUCUUGACAAUGAGUCAUUAGAUUGGUACAUCUCAUUCUCAGGCAUGUUUAAUGAGUCAUCACGGUGAUACAACUCUUAAAGCAUGUUCAAUACAAUGAGGCAUCAGGGUCGGGUAAAAUCUCAAGUGUGUUCUUUAUACAGUAGUCAUCAGAUUGAUCUCAAGUGUGUUCUUGAGAGUGUUUUCUUUACCAUGGAUGUCCCGCCCCAGGCAAUCUGCUUCGCCAAGGCUGCAAGUCAUCAGGCAUGAUACAUCUCAAGCAUGUUUUACUAGGAAUCAGGGUGAUAUGCAUGUUUCAAGCGUGUUCUUGACAAUGAGUCAUCAGAUUGACAUCUCUGUUCUAUACCAUCGAGUCAACAGGGUGAGAUGUAUCAAGCGUGUUGUGAGCCUGGAUGAUUGGGUCAUCCAGCCAUCUAGGUGGGGGCCUUAACGUCUCUCAUGUGUGUGACCUUUAUUGUGAAAAAGACAGUGUGCUGAUCCAAACAGCCAUCCCGCUCUUUUAGUACUUUGGUUGUACCAUUUAUACAAAUUUCUCCCAGAAGUACUCGGAACUCGGUGUUUAUGUGAAUGUUUGAGAGACUGCUCCGGGUUUAAAUAAGUUAUAUUGCACAAAAUACUGUAUGUAUUGCACAAAAUUUGCCUUGUAGAGUUUUGUUUCAUUUCCAACAUAUAUUUUGUAAAGAGUACAAAUUGAUUGUGAUAAAUACAUGUACAUUGUAGCUCUCAUUUUGUUAGAAAUGAAAAUCUGAAUUUUUGUCAAACAAAAUGCAUUUAAGCCCGUCGGGUUGUCAGGGAGAGAGGGGGGGAUGGACACACCCUCUGCAACAUAUCACGCGUGGCACCCCAACCCUCUGCAUGGUAUUUUAUAAUGUGAUUUUGAAACCAAAGACAAGACUUAAAAAAGUGAAAAAAUAAUUUUUUAAAUUUGUAUUUUAUUUUUUACCUGAAAAUCACUUUUACAAAAAUCACUUGGAGUUAUAUUUGUACAAAUAAACGUAUUACACACUUUCACCUUUAAAACUUGGUGUUAUCAAACUGCCUUUGGGGAAUAGUUAGACGUUUUGGAUCAAAUAAAAUGGAUUUCAUAUCAUAGUUGUACUUUUAAAAUGUCAGGGAAUAUACGUGGACCUAACAAAAUUAUUAUUUUUACAAAUAUUGAACUUCAAUGCUGCAGUUUAUUGAUUUGAAAAUGUACAGAAGGUUUACAACUUUACAAUACGACUCGGGGUUAGGAUGUAAAUAAUUCAUUCAAUCAAAUAGUUUGACUAUCAAAUAGGCCUCCGGACCAGAAUUUAAUAUUGUUUCUUUUUAGCCAAGUACAUGUACAUGCAAAUUAAUUGAAACAAAUGUAAUUUAAUUUUACAAAGAGCUUUCAUGGAAUCUUUUAAAGUAAACGUGACUACUGCUGUGCUUGUAAAUAGUUCUUUAACCCUCCUACUGACUGGCCAUUUAAUGUCAUUCACUGUGGUUUGGAAUGAUAGGGUGCGUUUGCGAUUAGCUUCCCUGGGUCAACCCCGCGGUGCUCACUCGGGUGAGUUCCUGACAAGAGCUAAUCGAACGA